AUGACCUCCAAGUCCCCGCCCGACCCGGAGCUGACGGAGCGCCUGCGUUCGCUCGUCGGCCGCCUCGUCGUGGACCUGCGCAUCGGCGAGGGAAGGGGCGCCGAGGGACUGGCGACCGCGUCCGUCGCGAUGCUCGGCAAGAUGAUCUCACCGUACGACGUCACGAAGGUGGCCACCACGCAGACCCAGCGCACGCUCACGGAGCGCGCGCCGGACCCCGCCGCGUUCCGCCGCGCGUACGAGGCCCUCAAGGCGACGGGCGCGAGGGAGGUUGACAAGUACCUCGCGGUCGUCGCGAAGAUCGCGUCCGAUCCCGACGUGCUCGCGGCGGUGACGCGCGCGCCGGGCGAAUCCGCCGCCGUGACGAUGGGAGGAGACUCGUUCCCCACGACCUUCGGCACCUCGAGCGGCGGCGACGCGACGAUGGACGACGACGACGACGACGACGGAUACGGCGUACCUUCGCCAAACCUCGAGAUGAGCGCCAGGGCGGAGAGCGCGGGCCGAAGCGUCGAGACUACCCGCCUGGGACCCUUGGGAAACUUCUCGUUCAACACCAACCCGCUGGCCAGCGAGACGGACGACGCCGCCGACGCUCCCUUAACCCCGGGCGCGUCCGUGGGGAUGCGAACCAUGACCCAGCGGCAUUCGGCCGCCGACGACGAGGGACCCGUCGAACCGGACGUCGGAUCCGCGAGGAUGCGUUCGCUGCAUCUGACGACGACCGCCCCGACCCCGCCGACGCCGACGCCGCCUCGGACGCCGACGAUCGCGGAGGACAUCCGCGCGCGGAUCGCCGGCGAGAGGCCGCCCCUGAGGGAGGGCGUGGACUUUCCCGCGCUUCCCGCGUGGAUGUCCACGCGGCCGUACCUCACGGGAGCGCACCUCGGAUACGACUCCACGGCCGAGAACAAGUCGUCAAACGCGAACGCGGAUCCCGUCGCGGGGAAACCCCUGGACGCGUACACCACCGCGUGCCAGGAGCUUCUGGUGCUCGACGACUUACUGUACGCGAUGCUCGGCGCGGAGGGGCGGUACGUUCGGGCGCGGAGGGUCGACGCGGCGACGGGCGAACCGAUCGGAGCUCGCGACGCGUCGUCCAUCGCGUCAUCCGUGGCUGAGUACAUCGGGUCCGGCGGGGGAUCCGGAAGGUCCCACAACCACCACAAACCGCCGCCGCUCGCGGGAACCGCCGUGCGCUUCGUGGUGGAGCCCGGGCUGGAAUCGAGCCUCGCGGCGCUCGUGGAGAACAUGCUCCCGCUGUGCUCCCACGCGGCGCAAGUGGCGGAUUACGUCGAGACGCGAGUUAACAGGUUCGAGGGCGGCCUCGUCGCGCACGCGCUCGCCGCGGAGAUGCAGGAGCUCCUCUCGGACUGGCGGACCACGGUGGUGCAGCUCGAGCACCAGCGCAACCUCGGGCGGCUGUCGCUUCAGAGCGCGUGGUUCUACGUGCAGCCCGCGGUUGGCGCGAUGUCGCUCCUGGCGAGAAUAUCGCGACGCGCGAACGCGCUCCGGGGGGCGUCUCUUUUGAACGAGAUUCAUCGCGAGGCGGCGACGCGCGCCGGGGACGUCGCCGCGCGUAACCUGUGCCUCAGGCUGUUGAGAGCCGCGUCCGCGCCGUACGCCAAGGCUGUGGAGCGUUGGGUGUACGAAGGGGUGGUGGACGAUCCGUACGACGAGUUUCUCGUCAUCGAAAGAGCGCACCUGCGAAAGGAGUCGUUGGCGGAGGAUUACAACGCGACGUACUGGAGCCAGAGGUACGUGUUGCGAUCGGAGGUGCCCGCGUUUUUGGGCGAGGGCCUGGCGGAGAAGGCGCUCACGACGGGCAAGUACAUCAACGCCAUGCGCGAGUCCAGGACGGCGACGGCGACGACGACUGAGUCGGGGAGGUUUUCAAGGCGCCGCGAGGGGGGGACCGACGGCGCCGCUGACACGACGACGACGUCCUCGUCGUCCGAGUUUUCCCUGCCGCCGAUUCCGCCGGACGGGCUCGGUCGCCUGGCGCUCGGGGGCGGCGCGUCGUCCGCGGGGUCAGGGACGCACGCGGCGCGAAUCAACGCCGCGCACAGGCACGCGUCCGUCGGGCUGCUUCGCGCGGUGCUCGGCGACGGCGACUUGCACGGCAGGCUCCGCGCGAUGAAGCGAUACUUUCUCCUGGACAAAGGGGACUUUCUCGUGCACUUCACCGACAACGCGGGCGAGGAGCUCGCGCGCAGGGCGCCCGACAUCUCCGUCUCCAGGCUGCAGUCCCUCCUGGAGCUCUCGCUGAAGCUGUCCACCGCGAGCACGGACCCGCACAACGACGACCUGACGUGCUCGCUGGAGCGCCAAGGGAUCAUCCACCAGCUGCUCUCCAUUCACGUCACCGGCGGCGCCAAGGGGUACGCCCCCGCCGACGCGGACCUCGACCUCGACGAGAACGCGACGCAGAUGACCCCGAAAGAGGCGCUUCGCCUGACGGGCUUCGAGACGUUCGCGCUGGACUACAACGCCCCUUGGCCGGUGUCCCUCGUGCUGUCCAGGCGCGCCAUCACCAAGUAUCAGCUGCUGUUUCGUCACGUGUUUCACUGCAAGCACGUCGAGCGGCGGCUGUGCGAGGCGUGGCAGACGCACCAGGCGACCCGCGCGGCGGCGGCGCAGACGGCGGGCGCGGGCGACGGCGGUUCCCUCGGCCGCGCGUACGUGCUGAGUCAGCGCAUGCUCCACUUUCUGCAAAACUUCACCUACUAUCUCAUGUGCGAGGUUGUCGAGCCCAACUGGCACGCCUUCGAGACCGCGCUGCGGGACGCGCAGAGCGUGGACGAGCUCAUCGACGCGCACGAGCGCUUCCUCGACGCGUGCAUGAAGGAGGGGAUGUUGUUCUGGCCCAGGAUCCUUCGCAGGCUGGAGCGCAUCAAGAACGUCUGCCUUAAAUUUUGCGGGCUCUCCGAGACGUUGGAGCAGUCGCUGCCCGGUCGCGGCAGCUUCCGCGAGAACCUCCGCGCCGGCCGGCUCAGCGUGGCGGGAGGCGAGGACACGGGGUCGCACAGGGUCAGCGCGAGCGCGAGGGAGCGCGUGGAGGCGAGGCACGAGGCGGCGCAGGCUAUAUUCGACGCGUGCGAGGGGGACAAGUACGCGAGCGAGGUGGCGAGGCUGGAGGGAGACUUUGACGCGCAGCUGAGGGAGCUGCUGGAGGCGCUCAACGGCAGCGCGCACCUCGAGCCGAACCUCGCGAGCCUGUGCGCCAGGCUGGACUUCAACGAGUUCUACUCGUUCGGACCGGGCGGCAAGUACACCUGA